UGUAAGGCGGCAGGUGAUUGGCGGGCGAGCAGCCGCGUGCGGGCGCUGCCUGGCUUUGUACACACGCCGGCCCGCUCGGCCCUUUAACAAUGGGCGAGGCGGGCGGCGCCGCGUGAUGGCGGGGGAGCCCUUGGGACGCCGCGCCGAGCUUAGGUGCCCCGGGCCAGGCCCCGCCGGCAGCCGCGCCGCUGCGUAGGGCCCAGCUGCCGCGCCGCCCCGCCGAUGGAGCUGGAGGCGCAGUGGUGGACAGGACAGCUGGCUGCCGACAUCCACCAAGCGCUUCGCUACAAGGAGCUGAAGCUGCCCUCCUACAAAGGCCAAUCUCCCCAGUUACAUCUGAGAAGAUACUUUGCAGAUCUGAUUGCCAUUGUGAGCAAUCGGUUCAGACUCUGUCCUGCUGCACGACAUCUAGCUGUGUAUCUGUUGGACCUCUUUAUGGAUCGUUAUGACAUAUCUAUACAGCAGCUGCAUGUGGUUGCUCUUUCCUGUUUACUUUUAGCAAGUAAAUUUGAAGAAAAGGAAGACAGUGUUCCCAAACUUGAACAGUUGAACAGCUUGGGUUGUAUGACUAACAUGAAUUUGGUACUAACAAAACAGAAUUUGCUUCAUAUGGAGUUGCUGUUGCUAGAAACAUUUCAGUGGAAUUUGUGCCUCCCAACUGCUGCUCAUUUCAUCGACUAUUAUCUUUCUAUUGCUGUCCAUGAGACUGAUCUUCAUGAUGGCUGGCCAAUGGUUUGCUUAGAGAAGACUAAGUUAUAUAUGGCAAAAUAUGCUGAUUAUUUUCUGGAAGUAUCACUGCAAGUCGCUACUGCGUGUGUAGCUUCUUCAAGGAUUAUAUUGCGUCUCUCACCAACAUGGCCUACCCGACUGCAUCAUCUUACUGCAUACUCCUGGGAUUUCCUGGUGCCAUGUAUUGAGCGACUAUUAAUUGCGCACGAUAACGAUGUGAAGGAAGCAAACAAGCAAAAAGGACAACAUGCUCAGUCUACCCAACAUACUGUAUUUCAGACCCCAGCUCCAACUCCCCAGCAGGCUAAUGCUCAACAGCACAUACCGCAGUAUCUCCAGACUCAUCAGUCUUCAUUACAGUAUCACCAUCAGACAUCGCAGCAGCAGAACUGCCAACAGAUAUUAUCAUCUAAUCAUACAGCAUCUUACCCACUUCAGACUUGCCCUGCUGCCUUACAGUCUAGUGUUCAGGCUCGAGGCCAUGUACAGACUGGUGCUGCGAUGUCACUAGCUGUUCCGCUAGAAGUGAAGCCAUGCAUAAGUGUCUCCUACAACCGGAGUUACCAAGCGAAUGGACGAUAUUCCUGUAUUACUCCCUGCUUUGAGAGAUACCAAAAAUUUGUGUGUGUUUAAGAGAAUCCCUUUCUUCCUCUGCUCCACACUUCCUCUAGAGCUCUUUGAGGUAAGAGUUGCCAGAGUUUGUAUAAUCCAGCUUGAAAAGUCUUCUGGAACUGUAUUAUUAUAUGGUUAUUUCCAUACACAGGUUUGACUGUCAUACCAAAUCAUAUAGGCUGUAUUUAGCUAGCAAUUAAAGAUUUUACUUUUUUCCUCUUUGUAAAACAAUUACUUAUUCUGCAAGAAUUUAAAUUAAUUUCAACAGAUUGUUUCUGUAAUCUCCCACCUCAUUUACAUUUAUUAUGCAAUUUUUACUUCUGAUGUCUUCUAAGUAUCAACAUAAUUUUCAUCCAGUGUGUUUGAUCCAUAAGGUAUUAAAAAUACAAGUCAAGAAAAAAGGAACUACGAAAAUUUAAAUAUAUGUAAAUAGAGCAUGAACAUAAUAAGUAGUAGUGAAUGAACCACAAUCCACAUUUAAAAAUCUAUGGGAAUUAAAAUUACACUCUAAUGCAUUAGCUUCCACAGUCACUAUCAGCAAGUUAUCAACUACAGUGUCAAAUUGUGAGUCAAAGACGAAUUUCACAAGUCCUUUUAUUACUAGAUGCUGAAAAAUAAACUCAUACUUACUUAAGUUAGAAUAAGCAUCCAGUAGCUUUUGAGGCAGAUUCAACACCUUUAAUACAGUUCAUUAAUAAAGCUCCUUUUCUUUCUUUGUUAAAACCACAAGUUAUUAUUUCUUCUGUUUGGAAAUUGUGCUUUACAUUUCUUUUAAAAAUACAUACUCUUUGAAGAACUGUUUCCUUUUAGUGUCCUAUAAACUAGAACAUACAAAUUACUUUGAUUUGUAACUUCAAAGCCUGACUACAGAGAAACAUCAUGUAGGUAAAUAAUAUUGUGUGCUCCAAGGCAUUAAUCCACCCUAUUUUGCAAUUCUUAAUAAAUAAACAUACCUACUAAACUAAUAUUCACUUUAAAUUAUUUUGAGCUAUUUUCAGUGGAUAAUAGUUGAGGUUUGAUUGUUGCAACAAUGGUUAAAAAUGGUAUUAUCUUUAAAAUUCUGUCCAUCACACACUUCUAAGAAAUAAAUGUCUUACUUGGAUACACCUUGAAUAAAACUUGUGGUAUAGUCACAGGAAACGCACUAGAAUUACGUAAUUUUGCUCACAGGUCUGUAUCACAUAAAAUCACUUUAUUAUAGUAUAAGUGAUGGUAUUUAAGGUAAUAAGUCCAUGUGAUGCAAAUUACAUCAUAUGAAAUAAAAGGAAAUAAUUGCUUAUAUCUUCCUCAAAGGAUUCUACUCUCUAAGUUCUGGCAAAUGACACCAACUCUUGAAGAGAAAAAACAGUAGUGGACUUCUCCCAAGAGAACAUGUCCUGUGACAAAUUCUCUUGGGAAACAGCCUUUUGCUAGUCCUCUAGUCUCAGAGAAGGGGAAGAGAAAUCUUGGAAUGAUGGACUUAAACAUUAAAAUCUAAGGAAAUUGUAAAGUGAAACUGACUUGGUAGUGUUAGGUUUAGGUUGGACCUAAUGAUCUUGAGGGUCUUUUCCAACCUACAUGAUUCUGUGAUGCCAUUCUAUGAUAUGAAGACCUCCAGUAUUCUGCAAUUCACUUUCCAUGACCCUAUUCAGAUAGACAAAGGUAAUUUAAAUCUGUAAAAUAGUAAUUUAAAAAUUUUAUUGCAAACACCUAUAUUCUAAAUGCCCCUUAAUUCACUCUUUUCUCCUAAACUUCCAACUGUGUAUGUUCUACAGCUAUGGCUGAAUGCAGAGUCUGGAGCUUGAAUAGAAUAAUCCAAAUACUGUGACUGAACUUUCUGUUCUUCUCUGAACUAUUUGUGUUGCUUAGACAAACUUCGUUUCAGUUCCUCUUUCAGGCCUUCAUGCUCUCCUCAUCACGAGGGAAACAUGCCCCCACCUUUCACUGUAGUCACAAAUCUCACAAAAGAAGUGCUUCUUUAAAAGGUUUUGGGGAAAGGCUAUUUUGGAAUAAUGGUAGCAAAGUUGGGGGGCUGUCUUCACAUCAGCUCUAAGAUGUCAGAGACACAAACAAUGAUACCCGCUGCAGUUGGUAUAAUACGUACUACUGGACACGGUAGAAUAUCAUCACUCUGAAAAUUUAAAAAUCCUAUCACCUCACUUUUCUAACAAGGAAAUCUCCUAUGGAGAUUUGGGAAUACCAUUGGAACAUUUUAUAUUUAAUUUUAUAUUACUUUAAAUUGCUCCAGAGGUGCAGAGAACAGAAUUGUAACUGAUCCAACACAGUUUUUUCAUAUGAGCAGCCACCACAAUGCUUACAACAUGUUCUAUCAAAAUGCAGAUGACAUAAUUGAGAACACAAAGCUAAAACUAUUUGUUGGCAGAUUAAAGAUUCAACUAACAGUGCUGCAGGUAUAGAUACUAUAACUGGUUCCUCAUAUGCAGGCUUGGAUCUAGCUGGUUUUCUUAGCUCAAGAUGCAGCAUAGUGUUGAUGCAGCAGUAUCAUUUCCAAAGCCCAUGGAAGUCAGAUACAUCAUUUUCACACAGCACCGUGCUUUGAACUAAUAAGCACUGAUGGAUGCAAGACAGUAUUGUGCAGAUCGAAGACUUGAGAGUCCUAACCUCAGAGUUCACCUUUUCAAACUGAUACAAAAAUUACCUCUAGCAAAACACCCCCACAGAACAGCAAAAUAACUAUUCCAAAUUAUAGUUGCAGUAUCCUAGAGGAACUCUGGUAUCAGAUGAAGGGUUCUCACAGCGUUGUGAACACUUGCUCAUUUCACCAGCUCUAUCUUCCCUGAGCAUCACAGAAAGAGAAGCUGUCUACUUUGCAUCAAAGCACCUGAAAAGCUCCCUCUGAAGGCAGAUUUUGAAAUAACUGGAUAACAGUAACAUGGCAAUAUAGGAAAAGGCUGUCAAGACUUUCUGUCUAGACUUCGAAGGGGGCCUAGGGGUCUAGAGCUCAAAGAAGAGAAAGAAGAUCAAACUUUAAAAAUAUUAUAAAAUAUUAUAACAAGUUCUGGUUACACAGGUAAAACAACACUUUUCUUCAUUACGAUACUAGUGUUUUUCUGCCACCUACUGAUACCUUCCCUCUUCCCUACCCUCUUUUACCUGGCAGUUUACUCAUCAGAUAUUCAAUAGAUGAGGAGGUGACUCCCUUAGCUGCUUCUUCUGGCAUAUGCACACACAGUUAUAUAUUUCUUUGAAAUUGCUCAGAUUUCAAAAACCUACAGCUCUUCAAGUAAGCAUCCAAUGAAUAGCCCUGUGCACAACUGUCACUGACAGUGCAGCACAUACGUUGAUACAUAUGCUUACAAGAAACUAAUAAUUUUAUAAUGCCUAUGAUAACUGGAAGUAGUUACUCAGGAAAUGAUAUUUCAAAAGGUCACCAUGCUAUUCUAGGUUUUGAGAAUGAAGACAGCAGAUAUCUCAUAUUAUCAAUAUAUUUCAUGUCAGUUGUUUAUACCUCAUUAUUGAUAUUUGUGUCAGUUUAUGCCAAUCAUUAUCACAGGCUUUCUUUCCAUAUAGAUUCACCAUAUGACUUAGGAAUCCGCACAAUUUUUUUCUGACCCUUAGGGCAACAAUAAAGAAAAACAUAUACACUGACAGGAAACUCUACAGAAAAUCUGCAUAAAAAUGGAACUCAAAAGCUAUUAACUCCCAGAAUACACCCAUCCUCUGCAUGAAAGAAUUUAAGAGCCAAGAGUUUCAUGGCUAGUCUUGGAAUAAAGACAGAGCGAUAUGGAAAUAUUUAUUUUUAAAAAAAUCCCUAAUUUAAGAAUUUAAUUAAUCCGAAAGCUUCAAAAAGAGUUGCAAGAAAAGUUUACAAGAAAACUUGCAUUCUAGGGACUCUCAAUUUAACAUUAUAACUACAGACAGUGUUAUCAACAGCCUAUAAACAUCUUUUCCUAUAAGGAAAAGACAGUUCACAUCAGUUGGCUUGUUGAAAAAAGCCAACCCAGAAUUUCAACAACAAAAGUAUUUCAGAGGAUGUGAGGUUUCUUGGGAAAUUUCUAAGUGUAGAUGAAAAGUUGAACACUUUAGAAAACAUAGAAUCUUUUCCAAAACCAGAAACAUUUAAAUGGAAUAAUAUCCAUACUUCUUUAGCGCCAUUGCCUUUGCUGACUCUUGCUCUGCCUCAGAGGUUCAUCUCAUAGUAAACUGAGGCAGCUCAGCUUGAGGGCUCACAAUGUUUCAUGGGAUAUACAGUCUCAUCCAUAAAGAGUGUGAGAAGUCUUCCAGUCUACAAAAAUCAGUAUGCUAGACGCGCUAUCAAAUCAAAAUGUUAGUUUUCAACUACAUUGCAAAGUUUUUCCCCAGAGCUUCACUUUGAGGAUAUAGACAUUGAGGGGAAAAUAGUUUAUUUUGUUCAAAGUAUCACACUAGCCCUAAUACCAAUAAGUAAAAUUUUGCAAGCUAUAAUAAAUUUCUUAUUGGAUUUGGAUCACAUCAUUUGUACUGUUAACUAAUAUUUCUAAUAUGCUUCUAAUUACAGUUAAUCCAAAUGUGUUGAAGGUAGGAAAUAAAUGAGGCAGCAUACACAGAUACGAAUCAGCACCUAAGUUAAUAAUGAACUAAAUUCUCUGCUACAUAAACAUAUAAGGGAAUGGGAAAGAUGGAUUCAGAAAAUAUAAAAAAAAGUCAGAUUAAAGUUAAUACAAUUUGUAACAUUAAACAUUUUUAAAACAAAGACUGUAUCUGAAAUACUAAAUUCCUGAAAUAUUGUAUGUGGUAUAUCCCUGCAAACAUGUAUUUGUUGAAAACAGCAGAAGUUUAGCUACCUAAAAUUGUAAAUUGCAACAGCUGGAAGCAUUUACACUUUUUAAUCUCUUCUUCAGUAGCAAAGUUAAAUUCUUCUUGCAGCUGUUCAAGACAAAAGUAUUUUGGAAUGGUUUGUUCUUUGAAUGCUGCAUACUGUGAGAGAAUGCAAGAGCAAGGCUGGAGGAUUUUACAAAUUGAGCCAAUUUCAAAAUAACUUUUUUUUUAAUUAGCAUUUACACAAAUUUCCUCAAGAUUUCUGAUAGUGUAUCUUUCUGACUAGCACCAUAAGCAUAUGCUAGUUUGUGGCUUAUCUGAACAGAAAUUACUUGUCAGGCCAAACUGUAAUGGUUUUUGGUUGUAAACAAAGGCACACUUUUUUUACUGAAGUGAAUUUUUAAAAGUAAAAGGAUAUGUUAAUGCUUGUUCUACUUCCUUUGUUGUCGUAUUUUUACUUUAAAAUGUACAUAAAUACUUUUUCUGCAUCACAAAAAUCAUCCAAGAAAUUACCAACUGCCCUUUUCUAAUGAGUAGUACUGUAAAGAUGUUUCUUGCAAAAUAAUUUAACUUAAUUUUUCUCUUUUCACUGUAUUAUCAGAUACCUGCUAUCCCUGUUAGAGUUACUAGAUGUAUCAGAUAUACAGAGCACAAUUAGAUGAACCAUACAGGAUAUAUACAGCAUAAAUCCAAUGCAACACCCGCACAUCAAAAUUACAGCCUGUAUUCUUUAGAGUUAAUCUGCAGCAUACACACAAUAAACCUAAUGGAUCCAGAACAUCCCAGAGUUACCGAGCAGGCAUAAGACAGGCAUCCUGGAAAGGACAGGACCUUUAUCCCAGUCACAGAAGUGACCUUUAUAUAACUGCAGCAAAAUGUUACCACUUUCUCAAUCUGGUUUUACUGGCCUGGUACAAGACUUAAUCUUAGGCAACAGUUCUGCACUGGGGUUUUAAAUAACUAUGAUAACUACUUAAGUUUGUUUCCAUGCCUUGCUCUUUUAUAUUAAACUUUUUAAAAACAUAAUUAGCCUUAACUCAGUCCCUGUUAUUUGUAAUCCUGAAGCCAAAGAACUUGCAUGAAAAAUAUUAAUAGAUAUCUACAAGUACCCCAUCUCCUAACACAAUACAGACAAUAUGUAUUUUCUUCUAGAGAACAUGUAAAAAUGUGCUAUCAAAAUCUGCUGAACAUUAACAUAAUCGAUUCCAUCGUACACAAAUAACUCGGGAUAUUUGGGAUCAAGCUCAACUGCUUUGGCCCAUUCAUUAAGUUUGUGUGUUACUGAGCCAUCAAAUUCCAGUAGUUAUUUCUGCAUUUAUAUUUCUUGGUACAUUAAAAUAAAACCAUCUAGCAUUAAUUGCAGAACAUUUAAAGGAACAAAUGUUUAUUGCAUCAGAAAUUUCUUACAAUGUAUACAUUUCUUACAACACAUUUCCAAUUCUGACAGAUUAAUCAGGUUAUCUGAUUUAAUAUUAUAGCUAUUAAAAAAUCAACUAGGAUGCCCUAAGAAACCAUAAACCAUCAUACAAACAUUUCCCACAGUUCUGAACAUGAAAUCCUAACAGAUGAGAAUCCUGAUAAAUCUUAAAAAUAUACAAUUCAUUACCACCUGCAUCAAGCAGAAUUUAUCAGCUGAGAAACAGGUGCUACAGGAAAGCACUUCCUUCAUCAGCUGCCCAUGAUAAAGCCUGAGUUUGCCUGACAUCAAAGGAUGUAGAUUUUCUUUUUCAUGUAGAAAGGUACAUGUAAGUCAAAAUUUGUCGACAGAAGAGAAAAAGCCACUUAAAGUUGUGCAUGUAUAUAUAUAUUUUGAAAUACAUUUAAAAGGUCAUUCACUCCCCCACACCCCCCAAAUGAAGCAAAACUUCCACUUUAUUUUAAUUGACCAUAGCAACUACAUUGCUUUCAAACAAAAUUUACAGGUCACUACCUCAGAGGCAUAGCACCUUACUGCAUUCUAACAUUUGAAUGGCUGAUAAGCAUGUGCUUAACUAUUUUCCUGAAGGAGGAUGCUUUCUUGAAUUUAGAAUUAAGGGGCGGGGGGGAACAACUCAAUUCUCUAAAACCUCCAGAAAACAUAUAAUUCACAAACAAAUACUUAACAAGAACAGAUAGAGGUCAGUAUUGGCAGCCUGUCAGAUCAGAGAGGAUUUUUUUGAUAAGAAAAUUACUUCUCUUGGUGUCUCCUUUCAGGAUAAGGAGACUGGUGGUCAUAACUCAAUCCAGACUUCAUCUGCUUCUUUUAAGCUAUCACUACUACAGCUGUAACAAAACUUACUCAAAAAAUGGUAGUCAUGGACUUGGGCACUUCUACUAAAAGUAUGUUCUUUUCACUUGGAAUAAUUUUCUUAAAACCUUUCAACCUCCAAAAUCCUUACAGGUCUCUAAGAAUCCCUAAGGGAAAAAGCAGAGUCUUAACAACCAUGGACUACUACUGAACGCUAUGAGCCAAGGGAAAUGACUUGGACUGAAAUCUGUUAUAAAAAUCUUGAAACAACUUCUCAUUGAUGAAAGCUUUCAUAAAAACAUUGUGCUGGAGGAAAUCCUCAGGUCAUUAAGUCCAACACCUUAUUACCAUAAGCAAACAUGUCAUAUAAACCCUUUCAUCAAAUUGCUCUGAAACCUUGGUCUGACAAGGUUUAAAGCUCACAAGUCCUACCUGUGAACUUAAACACAUUUAUGGACAUUGUUCUUACAGCAAUGCUGUCUUAAUUUAAAUCGGUCUUUCCUUUUCUGGUUUUCUCUUCCUGCUCCACUUAAAUAAAGCAACUAUGGAAGAGCUGCAUAGCUGUUCCCCCAUCACAUGUCUAGGAACAUGUGCUUCAAUAAACAAUGCUGAAGAUGAGAAGGGGAAGUUGCAGCCACCUCAACCUCCUCAGUAAAUCCUUCUCUGAACACAACUGCUCCCAGAUCUUAUAGUUUCUGCUCAGUAGAGUUGUCUGUUCUCACAACCGGCAGUUCCCAGCAUUCUGGUGCACCUGUUCUGUUUUGUGCUCAUCUUUCUUGAACACAGGCAACUGGAAUUGUAUACAUUAUUCCAGAGGGGUUCUCAAAUGAUGUCUGUCUCUUAUGAUGGAGAAAAAAAGGGAAACAUGAAGGAAAAAAAAGAAAAAAGCCUUAUCUAUCUAUCUAUCCAUUAUAAUUGCAACUUGGAGGAGAAAAAUCCUCUAUGGCCUGAACAAACAAGAGAAACCACAAAACAUCUGUGAUUCUGAUAGACUGAGCUAAAGAAAAGGAACUUCCAAGCAAAAUCCUUACGCUAAUACAGGUUAGUGGUCUAACAAUCUAAUUGUUCCUAACACAGGGCUGGAUAACAUUUAAUAUUCCCUCAGAUUCGGUUCAGAAGUUUGUAAGAAGUAAAUCAAAGAAGGCUACACAACUUAGAAAUGAAUCCAUCAAGUCUUUCCAGGCUACAAAGCAAUCCGAUGCUGUGAAGUGAUUUGUAGGAAUACAGGCAAGCUAACUUAACAUAAUUCAUUCCAUUGGACACUUAAAGUGUAGCCCAAUUAACUCAGGCUUCAGCAUGAUCUCUAAAAGGAUAAAGUCACCUAGUAAAUACUAAAGCAGAUAACAUUCAUGGAAUUCUAUACUGCAAGGAUAUUGCUUUCAAUACUGGGGCUAUGAAGUUCAAAAUCAGUUUUAUAGGCCCAUCUAAACUGCAGAUCAUAUCUUUAGAUUACAACAUAAGCAAACACUAUGAGCUUGCACAAUAUGCCUAUUAGUAACUUAAUACUUCCUGUGUCUCAAUUUGUAGGUUUAACUUGCAGAUCACAGCUAAACUCUGCCUGUUUCAAUAAAUCUUAGUUUUUAACAUCAUUAUUAAGGGAUAAGAAUUUUGGCCCACCUUGUCUGGUGAGUUUUCAUAGCACUUCACAACCUUACAUGAUUAUUCCAGUAAUACCUCAUAAGUUAAUGGAAGUACCACGCAGCCAUUUCAGUACAAAAGAGCAGAAAGACAUACCAGUAACAGCAUUAGCCACUUUGCCAUUAGAGUUAUUUAACCUCUAAAUUCUAUUCAGUCACUGUCCAGAACAGUUAUAUUUUGUAGAUAUAUCCCCCUAUUUUCUUUAAGCAUUAAUGACUUUUUAAUGGCUACAAACACACAUUUUCAUAACUGAGUCAGGAAGAGAUCUGCACCAUUAUGUACAAGUGCCAUUAUUCAGCAGCAGAUUUGUCUCAGCAAUGAGUUUAGAUCACUUUCAGAUGACUGAGGAAAAGAAUACUGAAAUUUCAGAUUAUUGAAAAAUAUUCAGGCUUAUUACUGAUUUCACUAAGAGGGCUUCUGUGUGAUAACAAUUUAUCCAUUUAGUGACAGUUAUUUUAAGAUCUAAUUUUUAUCCAAAUCUUAAUACAUUUAAUGUGUGAUUACUGAUAACGGUACAUGGUAAUUUUUACUGAACUAUUAUCUGAUACUAACACAUUAGUAUUCAUAAAAUAUAUUUAAUGAAAUUUAUCAACCAGGUUUGUAAUUUAAGUGAUUUUUUUAAAGACUUAUAUCAGCUGAACUAAUCGCACUCCUGUCAUUCAAUUAUUGAUAGUGUCUCUUAUGUUUUCAAUUCUUUAGGAUUAAUGUCAGCCUCCCUCCAAAUAAUAGUAUUUCUCUGAACCUUAAAGAGUUAUAUCAGGACCAUGCAUAGCAGAGAGAUUCACAAAGUUAAUUAGAUAACUAUCUUAAGAUUCAGAUCAAUUUGGUACCCAAAUGCAUAAUAUCUGAUGAAUAUCAGAUAUCACUUUAAAAAACUAACUGUAAGGAAGACACUGAUAUGCUGGAGACUUGCUUUCCAUUUUGAAGUAUUUUUAUAAAAUACUUGCAGCUUCUGAACUUUGUUUCUUCUCCUCUGUUCACAUCUUUUGUUGUGGAUAACAAAGGGCAGAACAAGCCAAUAAGUACAUGCUCAUCAUUCUUCAUGGCAGCUUCCUUCUACACAUGCUAAUAGACCCUGUGCCCACCCUCUAUUUUCCAACUACUGUACCGACACUGGUCAGGUAGGUGGAAAGUUGAGGCUGAGGUGAUGGGGAUGGGAAAGACAGCAGCAUGGGUUUCUCAUUAAAGGGAGUGAAAGUAUUCACAGAGGUUCGGCAGCAUCCCUCCUCAGAAAUAAGGCCUCUUACACCAUCUGCAGCCAGUAUUACUGCUGAUGUGUGAAUAUGAGGAAAUUAAAUUCAGAAACCUCUACCUUAAACCAUGGGAAUUGCCACCAAGUUCAAAAGGACUAUUCAAUGUAAGCAUGUAAAAAUAAAAAUUAAUAGACUUCUAGCUGACCGGUAAAGUUUUGCUGCACAAUAGCAGGAAAUAUGUAAAUAAGUAUUUUUAUUGUACCACCUUCCUGUAGGUUCUGAUUUACAAGUUGUUCUAUUUGUGGUCUACCAACAUACUCAAUGUCUUCAAUAAACUAUGAAAAACAAAUCAGGAAAAACUUUCAGUGUUUUAAAAUAAAAUGUAAGUCCCAUAUAAUUUUUUCCCUGUAUGUUAACUGUUUGACCAACUGCUGUCACAUUUUUAUUAGGGGAUAUAAAUAUUAAUAAGCUAAAAUGCCAAACGUUCCUGAUAUUUGAGAUUUAACAUUUAUUGAUAAUUUCUGAGUGGAUUAUUUUCUGAUGCAAAAAUCAGGAGUGUGAAUUAGCCAUAGGCUAGUUCCU